AUACGAUCAAAUCCAUUUUCCACCGCCUUAAUCAAUGCAAAUUGACAAAUACUAUCACAGAAUUUCGAUCUUCCGUUCACGUUUCCAAUUGAAUCAACCUCAAUCCAUAAUUGAUCUUGAAUUCUUGACAGGAAGAAGAUAAACCCCAAUCUUCAUCACACUUCCCAAAGUUCAAGCAACCUUUUUGUCAUCAUCAUUCUUCUCUUUCUUCCUGAUCUCUCUAUUCAUACAACUAUACAUAUCUCUCUUUGAGAAAUUCUAUACUCUCAACUCUCAACCUCUCAGUGUUUGUGAAAGUAAAUCUUUUUGUGGGUUUUCUUGAUAAUAUGCAACAGCAAGGCGGAGGAGAUGCGAGUCAACGCAUCGCUAGAAUCUCAGCUCACCUAAAUCCUCAUAAACCUCAGAUGGAAGGAAGAUGUAAUUUGGAAACAGCAAAUUGUCGAGCAAAAGGUGGAGCACCUGGAUUCAAAGUAGCGAUAUUGGGUGCAGCUGGAGGCAUUGGUCAGCCACUUUCUUUAUUAAUGAAGAUGAAUCCGCUUGUAUCUGUCCUCCAUCUUUAUGAUGUUGCUAAUACUCCUGGUGUCACUUCUGACAUCAGUCACAUGGACACCAGUGCUGUGGUGCGUGGUUUUCUCGGGCCACAACAAUUAGAAAAUGCACUUACUGGCAUGGAUCUUGUCAUCAUUCCAGCAGUUCCAAUCGCUGCAGAAGUUUUUUAA